AUGGCGGGGCGGGGAGCGGCGAGCGGCUCGAAGAGCCCCUUCGAGGUGAAGAUCAACCGGGAGAAGUUCCCCGUGUUGGGGCGACGGGCUCGGCACGCGGUGGGGCUGCCGGGCGUGGCGCGCUCCCGGGCCCACGCGAAGCGCCAGCGGACCCUGCAGAAGGAGUUCCAGCAGCGGGAGAAGCGCGGCGUCUUCCGGGACCGGCGCUUCGGCGAGUACGACGGCGGGAUGAGCGCGGAGGAGAAGGCGGCGCGGAGGUUCGCUUUGGAGCGGCAGAAAACGUUUGACAAGAAAAAUGUAUACAAUCUGAAUGAAGAAGAAGAUUUGACUCACUACGGCCAUUCUCUGGCAGACAUUGAGAAACUUAAUGACAUUGUUGACAGUGACAGUGAUACUGAAGAAAAAGGAAUGUUAUCAGAGGAAUUAACUGCUUCUCAUUUUGGAGGGCUCCUUUCGAAGAAAAAAACCACAGAGCAGGAGAAUGGAGAGGGUAAAAAUCCCAAGUCGCGGAAGGAACUGGUGGAAGAGCUGAUAGCAAAAUCCAAAUUGGAAAAGAGAGAGCGACAGGCUCAGAGGGAAAAUACUCUGGAGCUGACGGAAAAGCUGAACAACGAUUGGAAAGGGAUCCAAGCCCUCUUGUUGCAGAGGACGUCCAAGUCAGAGGCACAAAGUCAAGUUCAAGAAAAACCCAAGCCGGAUGAAUACGACGUGCUGGUUAGAGAGCUCGGAUUUGAAAUGAAGACGCAGCCCUCGGAUAGGAUGAAAACUGAAGAAGAGCUGGCAAAAGAAGAGCAAGCGAAGCUCCUGCAAUUAGAGGCUGACCGCUUACGUCGAAUGAAAGGAGAGGAAUCAAAGGAGAGCAGCACGAGACCAAAGCACAUGUCGGCUGAUGAUCUGGCAGACGGGUUUCUCCUGACCAGAGACGACCGAUGCUUGCUGUCCUAUGGGAACAAUGAUGAAGAUGGAAAGGGAGAUUGUGAGAAUAAAGAAAGCGAAGAAGAGUUUGACACCGAAGCCGUUGAUGAUCCCUCCGGACGUGACACCGAGGAAGAGACAGCCACGGAGAAGAUGUUUCCAAGCCAGAAGCAAAUCAAGAAACAAAACGCCCUCGGAGAUAAAGGGGCCGCCCAGCUGGAGUUGCCCUAUUUGUUUGCUGCGCCCGAAUCGUACGAGCAGCUUCAGUCUUUACUGUCGGGAAGAAGCACGGAGGAACAAAUGAGGAUCAUCGACAGGAUUCGGAAGACGAACCAUCCCAGUCUCGCUGUAGGGAACAAAGCAAAGUUAGAAAAACUCUUCGGAUUUCUUCUGGAGUACGUUGGAGAAUUGGCUUGUGAGCAGCCGCCCAAAGUGAAAACGAUUGACCAGCUGGUUGUAGUCCUGUUCGAGCUUUGCCAGAUGUUUCCUAAAGCUGCCGCCGAUCACAUGAAGCUUCUCCUCCAAGACACCACACACAAGAUGGAAGAAAUGGCAGAAAGGAAAAACCUGUUAUAUUUCCCGACGUUAGACAAGCUCCUCUAUUUGAAAAUUGUCACCAUUCUUUUUCCAACUUCUGACUUCUGGCAUCCGGUCGUAACCCCGUCACUGAUUUAUAUGAGCCAACUACUUACGAAG